AUGUAUGCUUCUACUUCCUUUACUUCAAGACUCCAUCAUGACCUUCUUGUGGAUUCCCACACAAGAAGGUUACUCCUCCAACUCCCAAUUGAUUCAAAUGUAGGCAUGAUACUUACAGUCCUAUUAUGUACUUUUAUUUGCUCACUUGCAUUAAUCUCCAUCGUAAGGUGUGCUUUGAGGUUUUCAAACGCAGCCAUCAACAACGGCUAUGCUUCGAGUUCGAGCAGCAACUCUUCACCUCAAUUGGUCAACAAAGGAAUCAAGAAGAAAGCUCUCAGGACAUUCCCGACAGCGAGUUAUUCAACUGAGCUGAAAUUACCGGGUUUGGAUACGGAGUGUAUGAUAUGUCUCUCGGAAUUUACAAAGGGUGAAAAGGUGCGCAUUUUGCCUAAAUGCAACCAUGGUUUUCAUGUUGGUUGCAUUGACGAAUGGCUAAAGGAACACUCAUCAUGUCCCAAGUGUAGACAGUGCCUUCUUGAAACUUGUCCAAAGAUUGGUGGGUCGCAAGUGCAACCAAUUGUGUUGCCAGUGCCGGAAAUCACUAUAAGGAUUCAACCACUAGACCAUGAAGCCGUUGAACUUAACUAUAGGGAAGAAAGCAGAUAA